AUGCUGCUGCUAACUCUGCUAUUCGCAGUCCAUAGCUGUGAACCAUACAAAAUUCUCAUCGUCAAUCCCAAACUGGCGUAUAGCCACAUGAACUUCAUGGGAAAAAUUGCUGAUGUGCUCCUUAGAAAUCUCAAAGAAGAAACCGUGAAUUAA